AUGUCUCGGCCAGAAGACUUGGCACCCCCAGAGGUGUUUUACAAUGAUACAGAAUCGCAUAAAUAUACCUCUUCCACCAGAGUUCAGCACAUACAAGCGAAAAUGUCGUUGCGGGCACUGGAACUUCUCAACUUAGCAGAUACGUCGUUUGUGUUGGAUAUAGGAUGUGGUUCAGGUCUCAGCGGGGAGAUCUUGACCGAGGAAGGCCACAUUUGGUGCGGUGUGGAUAUUUCCCCAUCAAUGUUGGCCACAGGGCUGACCCGAGAACUGGAGGGCGAUCUAAUGUUGCAUGAUAUGGGCCAGGGUCUGCCAUUUAGAGCCGGUACGUUCGAUGCUGCUAUGAGUAUAAGUGCGAUACAAUGGCUUUGCAACGCAGACACUUCUUAUAACGACCCCAAAAAACGGUUAAUGCGGUUUUUCAACACCUUAUUUGCAUGUUUGAAGAAAGGUGGUAAGUUCGUGGCACAAUUUUAUCCCAAAAACGACGAUCAAAUUCAGCAAAUUCUAGGCGCUGCGAAAGUGGCCGGUUUUAGCGGGGGCCUGGUUGUGGAUGAUCCGGAAUCCAAGAAAAACAAGAAAUACUACUUGGUAUUGAGUUCAGGGACUUCCACAGAGGAUAAACAAGUCAAUCUACAGGGUGUUACCAUGAACGCGGAGGAAAUGAUCAAGGUGCGUCGUGAGAAGAAAAAAGCCACCGAGUCUAACAAGAACUACAUUCAACGCAAAAAAGACUUGAUGCGCAAGAGGGGUAGGGUUGUUGCGAAGGACUCCAAAUUCACAGGUCGCAAGCGUAAAAACCGUUUUUGA